AUGAUCAAGUCAAGAGACGAGCGGCUAGGCUUCAAGAUAUUCACAUAUGAAACCCAUUCCGGUGGUACAACCCUCCUAGGCAUACCUUGGGGACCAAAUUAUCAAGGCAUACAAGCUGUCGAAGAUUUAAAAUUGAUACAGCCCCGGACUUCGAGAAUCAGAAGCGUUAGAGGCAUCCGAGUCCCCUCCUGUGUUGCCAUUUACACUCGUCUUAUUCUUAUCACCUUACGCUGCGAGUGGCUCAUACUUUACGCCGUUAACAUUCUCGUCAUAAUCAUCCCCAGACCGGAGCUCAAGUCAGAAGGCGCUCCUUCUGUACGGUAUCGAGGCCGGCACCGACGCAACUGCAAUGGGCGCGACUCUGCGGUGGAGACGAUCGUCUUGACCUCUCCACCGUCGGUAGGGCUGGGAAUAUUUGGAGGGGAGCUAAGAGCGCUGGGGCGAUCCUUCGGGCGGGUCUUGCAUCUGGCAACCAAGAAGAGCCCCAAAGAGGGACUGGGGCUUUUUGUGUUCCCACUAAACCGGAGGGUACGAAGCUGUGCUUAUGCCGCACCGCCUUCGGGAUUUGUUAUGGAGAUAGAAGGAGAAUCUAACACGAGGCGAUUGGCAGACUCCGCGCAGCCAGGUUUUCCGAGAGGGAACCUGCUCACUGGCAGGCGGUCUGGUCUUGGGCAGCCAAAACGUGUUCGCAUCGGCAGCCCGUGCCUUUAUAUCGGCGGCUCUCUCGUCGACGCAGUCUCCAAACCCUUAUACAGGAUUAUAGGUAUUCCAGAUGAGUGA